AUGGGGAAACAGAUGGGUAGCAAGGAAGAUUCUCAGGCCGCCCCAAACAGUGCCAGCGAGAAGCUAGUGGUGGUUGAGUUCUCAGCCCCGUGGUGUGGGCCCUGCGAGAUGACCAAGCCUUUCUGUCAUUCCCUCGGUGAAAACAAUGGCAACGUGGUCUUCCCUGAAGUUGCUGUGGAAGACCACCAGGAUGUUGCUUCAGCGUGUGGCGUCCAACGCAUGCCAACAUUUCAGUUUUAUAAAAAGGGACAAAAGGUGGGUGAAUGUUCUGGUGCUAAUAAGGAAAAACUUGAAGCUACCAUUAACGAGUGAAGUUAAUUAUGCUUCGUGAAAAUGGAUCCAGUCAUCAGCUGGAUGU